UUGCGAUUGGCCCGUAAGGUGCGGAAGGCAGGGCUUGGCUUCAUUCCGCGAUUGGCCCGGGAUGGGAUGCCGGUCUUUUACUGGUUAAUACAUCUCCAGCCGGCAAAGGGGGACGCCGAGCGGUCCGCGAUUGACUGGUGAGGACUGGGGCCGGCGUGCCGAUCACGAGGACCGCGAGCGAUUGGCCCGCCCGGGAAGGGCGACCCUGGUGCCGGGGCCCGAGUUGCGGCGGGCUAUGGCUUCCGGCGGCUGGCGCUGGCUGCGCGGCCUCCGGGCCGUGGGGCAGCCCCUGUUCCAAGGCCGUGCGCUGCUCGUCACCAACACGCUGGGCUGUGGUACUCUCAUGGCGGCGGGGGACGGCGUGCGCCAAUCCUGGGAGCUCCGCGCCCGGCCUGGCCAGAAGUUCGAUCCCCGGCGCUCAGCAAGCAUGUUUGCAGUGGGCUGCAGCAUGGGUCCCUUCCUGCACUAUUGGUACCUCUGGCUGGACCACCUGCUCCCAGCAUCUGGCCUCUCUGGCCUCCGGAACGUCCUCAGGAAGGUCCUCAUCGACCAGCUCGUGGCCUCUCCCUUGCUAGGCAUCUGGUAUUUCUUGGGCAUUGGCUGCCUGGAGGGCCAAACCCUGGAUGAGAGCUGCCAGGAGCUGCGAGACAAGUUCUGGGAAUUCUAUAAGGCCGACUGGUGCGUUUGGCCAGCUGCGCAGCUGGUGAACUUUCUCUUCGUGCCCACCCAAUUCCGAGUCACCUACAUCAACGGCCUAACCCUGGGCUGGGACACGUACCUCUCCUACCUGAAGUACCGGGUGAGCACGGUGGGCGGACCAGGCACCCAGGGGACUCCUCAGGGGCCACAUGUGUAAACCCCAAAUGGUACAGCUCCACUCUAGGGUGAGGUCCUCCUGGGCCUAUGACAAUCUGCAGACCACAGCAGGUGGGUGGGGAGCUGGUCAUCGGCAGCGUGAAGACCCAGCCCCUGUCUGCUGUUUGAUGUGACAUCGGCCAGGUCCCUGCUGCAUCUGUCCCCCAAGACUGAGUUCAACCACCAGACAGGUGGGUGAGGACCUGCCUGGUGAAGAGUUCAGAGGGGUGAAUGGGGUGUGUGACCAGACCCCUCUUGCACGGACAGAUCCUGGGCCCAUCCACCCCUAAGCUGUGUGGCCCUGGGCACCAGGCAGACGGAGCUGCCCCAGCCCUCCUGAGUGGAUGCCAGACAGGGCAAGACUGACUCUCAGCAGGCCAGGCCUGGUCCUGGCCCCUCCCCAAACCCUAGGCAUCUGGCUGGGCUGCCCCUUCCAAGCCCAGUACAAGACCUGUUUCCUCAUCUGGAACACAGCCAUAAAGAUGGUCAUCCAGGAGCCCCGUCACAGCAGGCCUCCAUGAACCAGUGACAGAUGGCCCCAUCUGCAGCACCCAGCCCGAGCCACCCAGUCCCAAUCCCCCAACCCCUCAACACCACUGUGGGCUGGGCCCUGGGCCCAAGGUCAGGGACACACUCCAUUUCCUUGAAGUAGGGCCCAGCCUGGAGAAUCUGGAGGCUUAGGCAGGGCCAGGUGGCCUCCAGUCUCAUAUUCAGGUUGCAGGUUGUGGAAAUUCUAUUAAAUUCUCUUGACAUUGAA